UGUUGACUUCAGAUUCACUUCUCAUUGCACAAGACAAGGAGCUGAGGCAGGAAAAGCUGGAAAAUAACAUCCAGGUUUCACUCCACAUUUUCCCACCCUCCCUGGGGAUAGCAAAGGGAAAUGGCUGCAGCAUAACAGGCACAGGUGAUGGGAUGGUGAGUGAGAACAAGGAGGAGCAUCCUCAGCAGGGAGGUCCUGGUCAAAUGGAAGCACAGAGAACACUAUCAGGAAGAUCUGAAGGGGAUGUGUCCUGGAGUCCUGAGCAGGGAGAAGCCUGCGAAAAUCAGCACAGGCCAGAGGUGCAGCAGGGAAUCUCUUCAGGGGAGAAACAACAGGGUAAAUCCACUGACCAGGGGGUUGGUUUGAAGGACCUUCCUGAAGACAUGAUCCAGCCAGGAAUCUGCACUAAAGGGAAACUGUAUGAAUGUGCUGAGUGCGGAAAAAUCUUCAAUAAUGACUCAUCCCUGAUUAUUCAUCGGAGAGUCCACACAGGAGAGAGACCCUAUAACUGCCCAGAGUGUGGGAAAUCCUUCCCUCGGAGCUCCACCCUUGUUGUGCAUCAGAGAGUGCACACGGAAGAGAAACCCUAUAAAUGCCCCGACUGCGGGAAAAGCUUCAAGCGGAGCUCAACCCUUAUUUCACACCAGAAAAUCCACACAGGAGAGAGACCUUAUAACUGCCUGGAAUGUGGGAAAAGUUUCAAUCAAGGCUCAAACCUAAUUAAGCAUCAGAGAAUCCACACAGGGGAGAGACCCUAUAACUGCCUUGAGUGCGGGAAAAGUUUCACUCGGCACUCGCACCUCAUUAGACAUCAGAGAAUGCACACUGGAAAGAUACCCUAUAGGUGCCCUGACUGUGGAAAAAACUUUAGUGACAGCUCAGCUGUUAUUAGACAUCAGAGGAUCCAUACUGGAGAGAGACCCUAUAAAUGCCUUGAGUGUGGGAAAAGCUUCAAGCAGAGCUCAGACCUUAUGAAUCAUCAGAGAAGCCACACAGGAGAAAAACCCUAUUACUGCCCAGAGUGUGGGAAGGGGUUCAGUCGGAAGGCUCACGUUAUUUCGCACCAGAAAAUGCACAGGCCAGAAAGAUCCUCUAACUGCCUCGAAUGUGGGAAAAACUUCACUAGGAGCUCUGACCUCAUUAGACAUCAGAAAACCCACACUAGGAAGACACCAUAUAAAUGUUCUGUCUGUCGAAAAAGCUUCAAGCAGAGGUUAGAACUUAUUUCACAUCAGAGAGCUCACACAACAAAGAGAAACUAUAAAUGUUCUGUCUGUGGGAAAAGCUACAAGGUGAAGGUGUCUCUAAUGUCCCAUCAGAAACUCCACACAGGCUAGCAGAUGGCAGGAGCUCUCACUAUGGACAAUGGGUCUGUGCUCUCCUGAAGCAAAGUGUAAAUGUUUCAUUGAUAGAUGGUCUUUGCAGGGGCAGCAAGUGGAUGAAGGGUUUGGGUUUCAGUGGGGGAUAGUUGACAGGGGUAGAAGAGGAUGGAACGCUGGAUACCCAGGAGCUGGGUGAUUUCAGGGUCUGGGGUGAGCAGGCGAUUGGGAUUGGUAGAGAGACAUUUCUGUGGGUUACACACGUAUUUUCCAAUUUAGAGGACAGGUAAAAAUGCCCCGUUGCAGUUCUUGCCUGAGUUGUCUCUGUAGCUCCUAGGGCAUCUCGGGAUAGGGACAGAGGAAUGUUAUUCAGGGAAGCAGCAAGGGGCCCUCUGGGGCUGUAGUUACAAGGCAGGAAGAGCUGCUGAUCUGAACUAACAGGAUGCCAGAGCACUGCUCAGUGUAUUGGACAUCUCUGAAGUCAUGGAUGGUGGGGGUGGCUGGAGAUUGGGGAAUACAUGGAGAUUACCCAGAGAGGUGGGAACUCUAGGGGAUGCCUUUUUGGGAGUGUGGUGUAGCAGUUGGAGGGGAGGGUGGGGGAAAUGAGAGUUAAGAUUCCUGGGUGUGAGCUAGUGCUGGUUACUUCCCCUGCUCUCUCUGUGUCCAUUUCUCCCAUCCCUACAAUGGUGAUAAUAUUUGACCAAUGCCCUGGAGAGUUGUGAGGGGCCAUUAAUUACUGUGUAUGAAGUGGUUCAGGAGAAUGCGAGUACAGGAGAGGCUGAGUUUCACUAUUAUUGUUAUUACUGUGUACUGUGUUCACAGGAUUAUAGAACACAGAAAUGCAGGGUUGGAAGGAACCUUGAAAGGUCAUCUAGUCCAGUUUCCUGUGCCGAGGCAGAACCAAGUAAUCCUAUACUAUCCCUGACAGGUGUUUGUCUUAAAAACCUCCAAUGAUGGGAAUUCCACAACCUCCCUUGAUAGUCUAUUCCAGAGCUUAACUAUGCUAAUAGCAGUGGUCCCCAAACUUUACAGAGUAGUGGCCUUCCUUACCCCUGUUUGUGCCCCCCUGGCCUCAUGGGAGCUGGGUUUGGGAGUGGGGCUGCAGCUCCCAGGGGGAGGGAGGGAGCAUGGACAGGAUUAAGGGGGCCUAGUGUGGGGACGCAGCUGGGACUGGGGCCGGGUGUGGAGCCGCGAUUGGGCCAUGGUGGUGAGCUGAGGCUGGGCGUGGUGCAGGACCACGGCUGGGGGCAGUGCCAGAGCAGAGCUGGGAGCGAAGCGGGGCUGGGUGGCACUCCCUUCACCCCAAGGGGGCUGGCCCAAACCCUGCUGCAUCCCCCCAAAUGUUCCUCUGCACCCCACAGUUUUAGGAGCUCUGCCUUAUCAUUAUAAAGCAGGUGACUUUUUCCUUCCCAAGUGUAAUAUUUUGCAUUUAUCUUUACUGUCUUUAUUUCAGACAAAUUCUCCAAUUUGUCAAGGCCAUUUUGAAAUCUAAUCCUGUCUUCGAAAGUGCUAGAAAUCCCUCCCAUGUUCCUCAUAUUUGAGUAUGAACCAUUGAUAACUACUCUCUGAGUAUAGCCUUUCAAAGAGUUUUGCAUCCACAUUAUAGUCAUUUCAUCUAGACCACAUUUUCCUAGUUUGCUUAUGAGAAUGUCAGGUGGGACUGUGUCAUAAGCCUUACUAAAAUAAAGAUUACUCCAGGGGGAAUUCUGUGCCAAAAAAAAAAAUUCUGCACACAAUAUUUUAAAAUUCUGCAUAUUUUAUUUGUCAAAAUAAUGUGGGUUUUUUUACUGCAAAAAGAUCCACAAUUACAGACAGUCAGUCAUGAUUGAGAACAACAUUGCAGGAUGUGCAAAAUAAUUUGUCCCCAUCCACAUGUGUU